CAGGCGCCCGUCUAUCGGCUCCGGUGUGAAGUGAUCAACGGUCAUGACAAGCGUGUCACCUCCUUCUUCAUCAUUUGCUCCAAAGUACGUCAACGUGCAAACCAUUUCGGCGGAAUAGCUCACCAUAUGCCUUGGAUUUCGCGGGAUUCAUUCGGACGUUUUGCUCAGCGGAUCAGUCGUAUGAACGCGGUGUAAUUAAAACGGAUAAACAAAUAGAGCCGAAACGUGUGAGUUAGAGUCCACUGUCAUAAAUGUAAAGCCCCCUAUAAACAUACAGGAGCCCACCAAUCCUCUAUAAUAGUAAUGCUUUUUGAAAUCUCGUUUACCUGUGAAACACCGCUCGAAUAACGUUGUGGGGGUUCAUUCCUUUGGGAAAGCACGUCCCCUCCGUUGUAAGGAGCAUGCAGAAAAAAAGUAAUGUAAUGUUUGUGUUGAUAAGAUAAACAGGGGUGACUAAUUGUUUGUUCUCAUCUUUGGCGGCGUUAAAAAGAGAUGCGUAAGAGAAGUGGAUAUUGGAUUAUAUAAUGCUGGGGCACGGCUGUUUUGUGCUCAGCGCUUUAAAAAAAGAUUGCAACUGGAUGCUUAACAGCCUUCAGGCAUGCAUUAUUAAUAUUAAUGCUCGUAUCUCUUUAAGUGGCUUCGCUCCGUUUGCGAGCCUGUGACUGUGCGGGGAGGAGGCGAGCUUUGUGCGGCGCACCAUUCAAUGAGACCCAAGCGCACUCCCGUUAUUUCGUUUUCCGUGCCGUAUCCGACAUCUUAUACAUAAACGCCCAUUUUCCCUUCAUAGUUGGCAGGAUACGCCGCUCCGCAGCCACCCGGUGCCUGGGGGAAAUAACGGGCUAAAUCCUUUUAUUGUUAUUUAUUUGCUGGCGCUUUUGCGUUAUUGGAAACGUGAUCGGACCUGGCUGAUCGAUCGAGCCCAUCAUGGAUUAACACACGCAUAGACGGCGCAAAUAAAAGUUCCAGAUGCUGAACAUGUCCACCCCCAGUGAGCUCAAAUCUGCCUGUGUGACGAGGAACGGCAUGGUAAAACUGCCCCCCCAACCCAACGGCCUGGGCUCUGCUAGCAUCACCAAGGGCACCCCUGCCGCCAAGAAUCGCCUGUGCCAGUCCUCCUCUGCGGUGCCCACCAUCCUGCCCCCACCCAGCCUGCCCUACCGCAUGGAGCCCCCACCGAUGGCAGCCUCCUUGCUGGGACCGGACCUUUCGGAGCGCCCCCACCAGCUCCGCAAGUUCCCCAGACCCACCCCCCAGGAGUGGCAGCUGGCACUGGAUGAGAAGGUCCUGGACCGGUUGCUGUGGUACUUCACCACAGCCGAGAAGUGUAUUCUGGCCCAGGUGUGCAAAACCUGGCGCAAGGUUCUGUACCAGCCGAAGUUCUGGGAGGGGGUUUCACCUGUGCUUCACUCCAAGGAGCUCUACAACCAGCUGCCAGGGGGUGAUAAGGAGUUCAUCAACCUGCAGACAUUUGCCCUCCGCGGGUUUCAGGCCUUCUGCCUGGUGGGCGUCUCCGACCUGGAUAUUUGCGAGUUCAUCGACAACUACCCGCUGUCCAAGAAGGGCGUCAGGUCCGUCAGCCUCAAGAGGUCCACCAUCACAGACGCGGGGCUGGAGGUGAUGCUGGAGCAGAUGCAGGGCCUGAGGCACCUGGAGCUGUCGGGCUGUAACGACUUCACGGAGGCAGGCCUCUGGUCCAGCCUGAACGCACGCCUCACCUCCCUGAGCGUCAGCGACUGCAUCAACGUGGCGGAUGAUGCCGUGGCCGCCGUCUCGCAGCUCCUGCCCAACCUUUCGGAGCUGAGCCUGCAGGCGUACCACGUGACCGACACGGCCAUGGCCUACUUCACGGCCAGGCAGGGCACCGCCACGCACACGCUGCGCCUGCACUCCUGCUGGGAGAUCACCAACCACGGCGUGGUAAACAUGGUGCACAGCCUGCCCAACCUGACGGAGCUCAGCCUGUCCGGCUGCUCCAAGAUCACCGACGACGGCGUGGAGCUGGUGGCCGAGAACCUGCGCAAGCUGCGCAGCCUGGACCUGUCCUGGUGCCCCCGCAUCACCGACGUGGCGCUGGAGUUCAUCGCCUGCGACCUGCAUCGGCUGGAGGAGCUAGUGCUGGACCGGUGCGUCCGGAUCACCGACACUGGCCUGGGGUACCUGUCCACGAUGUCCUCCUUACGCAGCCUCUACCUGCGGUGGUGCUGCCAGGUGCAGGAUUUUGGGCUGCAGCACCUGCUUGGCAUGAGGAACCUGCGGCUGCUGUCCCUGGCAGGCUGCCCCCUGCUGACCACCACCGGACUGUCGGGCCUGAUUCAGCUCCUGGACCUGGAGGAGCUGGAGCUGACCAACUGCCCAGGUGCCACCGCUGAGCUCUUCAAGUACUUCUCCCAACACCUGCCGCGCUGCAUGGUCAUCGAGUAGCAGAGGGGGUGGGGGGGCAGGGCGCGGCACGCGCUCACCCACCGGAAAGCUUUCACUGCAAAAAAAACCGAACCCCGACUAACCUAUUUCAUCCAGAGCCUGAAAGGGAUGUGAGAGAGAGGGGAGCGAGGAAGAGGGUGGCGUGGAUGGCAGAGGUGAGGGCACGAGGGAGAGCCCCGGGCGGCCCGCCGAAGGGGAGCCGCUAGACGGAAUCCGGCAUGCAGGGCGCAGGGAUUAACGCAUCGCUCACAUGACGACCGGGGCACGCCGCCGGUCAAAUGUGGCGGAACCUUGUCUGCAGUGUGGUGCCACCCUGUGGUUUCGUAACAUUUUUCGCAGGGAAGAUGGUGCCUAGAGAUUCCUGUGGCAUCAUCGUGGGGGUGGGGGGUGGGGGUCACGGACGUUUCCCAUUUCCAUGUCUUACUGUAAAACGCGAAAGGAAGCCGGAACUCGAAGAGCGAAUUAACAGGCGACUCCAUUCUGCGGCGAAGCUGCACGCCAACCUGCUCGUCGUCGUGGAGAUUUUUUAACAUUAUUUUUUAUAUGUAAUUAUUUAUUUACUUUUUUUGAUGAACACAGCCAGAUGACCAUGAAAUCUUGUUUUUUUUUUUUUUUGGAAGAAAAGGAUAUCUGAGCCAAGAUAUGGGUGCUAAACGUGGGGAGGAUUUUAACAGAAGUUGGGCGGAUGGGGGAGGGGAGUAUUAUUGACGGAUUAAUGACUGGAUCGUAUUUAUGGUCAUGAGGGCCUGUACAUACAGCUAUCUCUACGCCGAGCGUUAUCUUUCUAAUGUUCUCUUAAGCUGAUUUUGACGUCAUUUAACAUGAUAUGGUUCGAGUCUUACCCACGAUGCACUGUGUUUACUUUGGCCCAUGUACGGUUACCAGCGUAAAAUGGCGGCUUGAACAACGUGGCAGGGCUGAGGCCAGGCUAAGCGUGUGAGUGCCCCCAGUGGGGGGUGUUGGCGGGGGGGGGGGGUGGGCAGGGGAAGGAAGCACUCACUGGAGCAGCCCCAGGUUGAUGAUGAGGCUGCAGCUGUGCACAGACCGGCGUCCUGCUCGUUAACAGCAGGAGGCGCAAAGGUUGGAGAUGACACCACCCCUGCUGAAUGCCUGUUGGACACCGCUUCCUCUGUACCCCAGACCGCUCCAGCUCCCCUCUGACAGCAACUACCCCUGAUCUGUUUCCCCUGUUUCUGCCCUUUUCCUUAUCUGUCGUUUCUACCCCCUGUUGAUGUCCGGUAUCUCUGCUCCUUCGCGUUCAUAUUCCCCCCCUGUGUCGCCCUUUAUUUCCAGGGACAUCCGCGUUCAGCCCAGAUUCCUCUGCCUCUAUCACUUGGGCUAUGUUUUUUUUUCUAUAUGCCCCCCCAUCACAUGGGGUGGAGGGAUUACAUGAGAGGUCAAGUUCAACAGAUUCUCCCCACAUAUGACAAGGAACUCAGUGGGGGCCACGUUUACAUUAUCCUUCUGAACUUUGCCGGCCGGUGACAGAGUCCUCCUUCAGGGUUAAUAAGGUCUGAAACACAGCUGCUGUGAAAUAAACUAUAUAUCAAAUAAAAACAUGCCGUUACUCUCAAACAGCUCAUAGCUACUUCCGCUCUGAAUGUACAGCUUUAACUUUUAAAAAGGGAUCGCUAUAACUUGCAAAUAUGUAUUUAUUUAUUUACAGACUGAUUUAUGAAUCAUGUAAAAGACGUAUGUCUUGACCACGGAUAUAUUAAGGGUUCAUACCGCCCCCUCGUGGUGGCAGUGGUUAUAGGUUCAUCACUCGGCUGUUAGAGUGUGCCAGUGUGGCUGUGGCUAAUCCUUCCUUCGAUUACUGCCGUGGGUAGACAAAAAGGCAGAACUCCAGGUGCAUCCCAUUUUGAAGUGACAGCUCAGCUUACACUGAGCGUCACCUUGGCUAACUCAAACACCUGUCUCGAUGCUUAUAUUUUAAGCAAUUAGUUUCUCUUUUUAUUUGCUUGUUCGUGAGUCCGAGUGCGGUUGUCCAGAAACGUGCUUUCACGUACAAGAGCAGCUUCAAAAAGCGUAAGUUUAGCACAGUAGCGUUGCCUCAUAGAUUUCGGCGUGUUGAUUAAGCUCCGGGUCGUUGUCAGGACUAUAUGCUGAGAUUUUAAACUGAUAUGCUCGAAGCCUGUCGCUAUGGUGCCAAUGAUAUAUGUGGGUGUUUUGAGUAGCACCAUUGAUUAUUCAACAAAUCGGAGUCCAUUGUGAAGAUAUCGUUGCCUCAGGUCACUUAUCAGAAGAGAAACAGAUGGAGCUGGAGCUGGUCACGUGAGCAGAGGGGCCAGCGGUGGACAGAUGCUGACAGCUGUGGUCCGUCACGGGCUCGGCCUGAUUUGGCCGCUUUUCUACUUUACUAAGUACCGGGUGGCGUGAUUUUGAGUCAGCACCAGCAUCGCAAUAGCUGUUAUGCCCGUUGGACCGGAGGUGGUUUAAAUGAUUUGGACGGAGACCAAGAAAGUCAUUUAAUCCCGCAUGCUUUGGAGACAAAUCUGAACAACCGCACGCUUGCCAGCAUGAGCAGUGUUUCAGGUAUUUAUUGCCUCCUGGUCUAUUCACUGCGGGCAAAACUGGACUUGGGAUCGAGACUUUAACUGGAGCCCAAACAGCAAACUUGCUAUUCACCCAGAUACAUUCAUGCGGAGGAUAUAGGCCUAAGUGAACCUGUUAAUAUUUCUUAGGGAGACACGGUGCAUAUUGACAUAUAUAAAUUGCUAACACGUGAAGAAAAAAAGAUGACAUUUACACUGACACAGGUUUUAUAAUUAUUACGGGAAUCUAUGCUGCGCUUUUAAAAUCAUGCUCUGUUGUGCCGGUGACGGACGGGCGGAAUGACAGCGCCAAUUAAUAACUCUUGUUACUAUAUUUGUAAGCCUGUCGGUACAGUGUUAAAAUACUAAAUUAACACAACAUAAAUUUGUUGCACCUGUUAUGGUUGUUUUGUGCAUAGGGAAAGGGCGAUUAAAAGGCAGUAUUAAUGGGAAGUUCAAAAAGAAACGGGAAUUCAAUAGUGCAGAAUUGCAAAAUCGGCUUGUUCCUUAGUAUUAUAACCUUAAGACCUUUAUCAGUUCCGACCUGUAUUUCCAGAAUUGUGUUCAUUACCAAUCAUAGUCUAUGGUAACAACAACAAAUAAAUUACAGUUUUAAAAAUGAAAGAACUUGCACUCAAUGGUUUGUGGUGAAAUAACACCUGGAAAACCACUGUUCUUUAUAAAGCACAGCUUAAACAGCACCAUGGCAACGGGAGGAAUAAGAAAGCAUUAAAUACAAUUGCUCCAACGGGUUCGUUGUGGAAGGCGUGAAAACUUCUUCCAAGGUGAGCAGACAGGCAUUAACAGUGCCAUCUUCAAUAGUGUAUGCCACAAAAAUAGUUUACAUUGUUACAUGUCUCACCUCUUUACAGAAAACGAGAUGUAACAAAUAGGCCUACAGAAGCCUCUAAUACUGUAGAAGCUGGUAGGGACUUCAUUGCAUUGAAAGACGAACCUUAAUAAUGAGCAGUAAAUAAUAAGAGAAAUGUGGUGUAAUACUUGAAAUCGAGCUGUUUGCGGGUUUUCUGUGAGAUCCACAGGGGAGAAAUAAAAAACAAACAGAAAAAACUUGUUAUAUACUGCUGUUUCACAAUAGCUAUGGAUGCUCAAACGGUUAGCUGAUUAUAUGUUAGGUCUAUAAUAGUUCUGUUGGCACGCUGACAUAAUGUCUAAUGGCGCUUUUCCACUGGCAUACAGGAACCGACCCGCACCCCAGCCGAACCGCGAAGACGGGACUUUAGCUACAGCCCGGUUCCAACUCGCUUCGGUUUUCCACUGCAGAAGGGUCGAUUUGGUAAAGGCGUUGCUGGGUUUGCAGGGAGACAGUGAAGUCACGCGGCGUACAUCAUUUUUUACUAUGUGUUAAUUUCCAAAUCUAUCACAUCUGUAAGAAUCGCCGUGUUAUAGUAACAAAUGCUAGUUAACGGAAUUAGAAUUUCCUUAUGUAAAUUUGAUUUACGAAUCAAUUCCGUUCAGCUGUUCUAUAGUACUUUACGCCGUUUAUUUCUUUCGGAUAAUACUUGCGCAGAACACCGUCAUCUCCGUGCAUUUCAGCCAAUUAGAUGGGUUUCUGCACAGGUGCUGGUGGGGUACUUUACGGUGGAAAACCGCCAGUUCGCGAUAGGGCUGGGUCAAGGUUUGGUGGUAGUGGAAAAGCGCCAAAAUAUUCAAGCCGUCUUGCUUUAACGAGGACCUUAUUUUCCCGUUAUCUGUAAAUAUAGCAGUGUGAUGAGCUUCAUUUAACAGUAACACUGUUUGUUAAUUUUAUUAUUCCAUGGCUGCAGUGCCUUGUCAGACAAGCAUUGUCGGUUUCAAAUGGUCUGAUUGCCGUUAGCACCAUUUUAGUAAAAGAUGUAAAUAAAACAA